AUGCCGACGUCAAACACCGAACAACUCCGUAUUUCACUAUGUACAGAAGAUGAUGACAUCAUCCUUGUAAGCCAUGAAGACAAAAUAUUCAAUAAGGCUUUUCGUAACUUGAAUGAAAUUCGUAGAUCCGGUCAACUAUGUGAUAUUUGUAUUAUUUCUCAGGGAGGAGUGAUAAGUGCUCAUAAGAUUGUGUUGUCCGCAGUGAUUCCAUACUUUCGUGCCAUGUUUACAACCGAUAUGUUAGAAGCAAAUCAGAAAGAAAUAAGCUUAAAAGAAAUGUCAUGGGAAAUAAUGGAACAAAUGGUGGACUUUGCAUAUACUGGUGAACUUAAAAUUUCGGCUGGGAAUGUGCAGGAUCUGAUGAUUGCUGCAAACUUCCUGCAGUUGGAAGAAGUUGUUGAAGAUUGUGCUUCGUUUUUAUUGGCUCGAUUGCAUCCGAGCAAUGUUCUUGCCGUCCGAUCUUUCUGUUCCUAUUUAGGAAGCAAGUUCAUCAUUGAUGUUUCUGAUAACUUCGUUCAAAAGCAUUUCUUAGCCGUUUGUAGGAGCGAGGAGUUUCUUAACCUACAGCUUGAUGAUAUCAUAGCUAUAUUAGCCCAGGAUAGUUUAUAUGUUGAUUCCGAAGAAGACAUCUUCGAAGCUGCUCUGAAAUGGAUCCAAUACGACGAUACAAGGAGAAAACAUUUGUCGAAGCUAUUGGCCUGUGUGCGGCUACACUUACUUAAACCCUCCUUCCUGACUGAUCGAGUUGCAGGACAUAACCUGAUCAGAGCUGAUUUAGCAUGCCGAGAUUUGGUUGAUGAAGCAAAAGAUUACCACUUGAUGCCCGAACGCCGUAUCCUGUCAAAGUCAUUCAGAGUCAAGUCUAGAUGCUGCAGUGAUGUUCCGGGAUUGAUUUUUGCAAUUGGAGGGCUAGUUGCUGGUGGUAAUUCCUCAGCGGUCGAGAUGUAUGAUCCAUAUACGAAAAAAUGGACGGAUGUGAGACCGAUGCCACAGCUACGUUGUCGUGUGGGAGUUGCAGUUCAUGACAAAAAGAUUUACGCUAUUGGUGGAUUCAAUGGAACUGAUCGCUUAAGAACUGUAGAAGCUUACAACUACUUAAAGAAUGAAUGGAAAUUGUGUUCUCCUUUGGACAUGAAGAGAUCCGCUCUCGGUGCUGCAUUCCUUCAUGGAAAGUUGUACGUGUGCGGAGGGUAUGAUGGGAUCACUUCUCUAGCAACAGUUGAAAUAUACGAUCCGGAGAAAGAUACUUGGUCUGGAGGUCCCACGAUGUUGAAACAACGAAGUGCGGCCGGAGUUGUGGUACUGGACGGCUAUCUUUAUGUGAUCGGAGGACAUGAUGGAAUGUGCAUAUUCAACAGUGUGGAGAGAUACAGUAUUGAAACAGGAGUCUGGGAAAACGGCACUCCCAUGCUAACUAGAAGAUGUCGAUUGGGAGCAUCAGUAAUGGACGGAAAGAUAUAUGUUUGUGGAGGUUAUGAUGGAUCCCAAUUCCUGAACAGUGUUGAAAGUUUUGAUCCCAUAACUAAUACGUGGAGUACUGUCACACCAAUGAAAAUCAAGAGAAGCCGUGUUUCCGUUGUAGCGAAUGCCAACAACCUCUAUGCUAUAGCUGGAUACGAUGGAUCAUCGAAUUUAUCUUCUAUUGAAAUAUAUAAUGAAGAAGCAAAUGAUUGGGAGCUUGGACCUCCUUUGCAAUGCCAUGAAGGAGGUGUAGGAGUUGGGGUAAUACCAAUGCCUCCAAAUAUUUUUUGA